UCAUCUUCAAGUAGUUCCAUUUAUUCAUCAUGUAUACCAAGUAGUCUUGUUUCAAGAAGUUCCAGUUGUGUUAGUCCAUCUUCAAGAAUUGAAAGUAGCUCCUUUUCAAGCAGUAAAUCUCUUCCCAGCAGUUCUAUAUCAAGCUUAAUAAGUCUCAGUAUAUCAUGUAGUGCACUGAUAUCAAGUAGCUUUACAGGCAGUGGAAGUAAUAUUGCUUCCAGCAGCUCUGAGUCAAGUAGCCAGAGCAGUUUGAGUUCUGUUAUAUCAGAUUCAAGAAGUGAAAUUGGAUCAAGUAGUUCAUGUUCAAGCAGUAUUCGUAAAUCCAUAUCAAGCAGCCAUGGCAGUCCAAGCAUUACAAGCUCAAGCAGCAUAAUGGUAUCAUGUAGUUCUCCUGGAAGCAGUCCUUUGCCAAGUAGCUUGAGUAGUAUUCCAUAUGUAUCUAGUUCAGUCAGUGAAUGUUCAUUUACUAAAUCUCAUCCUAGUAUUUCUAUUCCAAGUUCAAUGAGUCUCAGUAAAUCCUGCAGUGCAAUGAUAUCAAGUAGCUGUUCAGGCAGUGAGAGUAAUAUUGUUUCCAGCAGCUCUGAAUCAAGUAGCCAUAGCAGUUUGAGUUCUGUUAUUUCAGUUUCAAGAAGUAGUUCAUGUUCCAGCAGUAUCAGUGCUUCUAGUAGUAAAUCGAUAUCAAGCAGCCAACACAGUUCAAGCUUUACAAGCUCUAUCAGUCCAAGUAGUUCAAGCAGCAUAAUGGAAUCACGUAGUUCUGGAAUUACAAGUAGUAUUGUUUCAAGCAGUUCUUUGUCGAGUAGCUUGAGCAUUGUUCAAAACAUAUCUAGCUCAGUCAGUGAAUGUUCACUAAGAGAAGUGAGCUCAUCUUCAAGUAGUUCCAUUUAUUCAUCAUGUAUACCAAGUAGUCUUGUUUCAAGAAGUUCCAGUUGUGUUAGUCCAUCUUCAAGAAUUGAAAGUAGCUCCUUUUCAAGCAGUAAAUCUCUUCCCAGCAGUUCUAUAUCAAGCUUAAUAAGUCUCAGUAUAUCAUGUAGUGCAAUUGCACUGAUAUCAAGUAGCUUUACAGGCAGUGGAAGUAAUAUUGCUUCCAGCAGCUCUGAGUCAAGUAGCCAGAGCAGUUUGAGUUCUGUUAUAUCAGAUUCAAGAAGUGAAAUUGGAUCAAGUAGUUCAUGUUCAAGCAGUAUUCGUAAAUCCAUAUCAAGCAGCCAUGGCAGUCCAAGCAUUACAAGCUCAAGCAGCAUAAUGGUAUCAUGUAGUUCUCCUGGAAGCAGUCCUUUGCCAAGUAGCUUGAGUAGUAUUCCAUAUGUAUCUAGUUCAGUCAGUGAAUGUUCAUUUACUAAAUCUCAUCCUAGUAUUUCUAUUCCAAGUUCAAUGAGUCUCAGUAAAUCCUGCAGUGCAAUGAUAUCAAGUAGCUGUUCAGGCAGUGAGAGUAAUAUUGUUUCCAGCAGCUCUGAAUCAAGUAGCCAUAGCAGUUUGAGUUCUGUUAUUUCAGUUUCAAGAAGUAGUUCAUGUUCCAGCAGUAUCAGUGCUUCUAGUAGUAAAUCGAUAUCAAGCAGCCAACACAGUUCAAGCUUUACAAGCUCUAUCAGUCCAAGUAGUUCAAGCAGCAUAAUGGAAUCACGUAGUUCUGGAAUUACAAGUAGUAUUGUUUCAAGCAGUUCUUUGUCGAGUAGCUUGAGCAUUGUUCAAAACAUAUCUAGCUCAGUCAGUGAAUGUUCACUAAGAGAAAGAGCUCAUCUUCAAGUAGUUCCAUUUAUUCAUCAUGUAUACCAAGUAGUCUUGUUUCAAGAAGUUCCAGUUGUUGCACUGAUAUCAAGUAGCUUUACAGGCAGUGGAAGUAAUAUUGCUUCCAGCAGCUCUGAGUCAAGUAGCCAGAGCAGUUUGAGUUCUGUUAUAUCAGAUUCAAGAAGUGAAAUUGGAUCAAGUAGUUCAUGUUCAAGCAGUAUUCGUAAAUCCAUAUCAAGCAGCCAUGGCAGUCCAAGCAUUACAAGCUCAAGCAGCAUAAUGGUAUCAUGUAGUUCUCCUGGAAGCAGUCCUUUGCCAAGUAGCUUGAGUAGUAUUCCAUAUGUAUCUAGUUCAGUCAGUGAAUGUUCAUUUACUAAAUCUCAUCCUAGUAUUUCUAUUCCAAGUUCAAUGAGUCUCAGUAAAUCCUGCAGUGCAAUGAUAUCAAGUAGCUGUUCAGGCAGUGAGAGUAAUAUUGUUUCCAGCAGCUCUGAAUCAAGUAGCCAUAGCAGUUUGAGUUCUGUUAUUUCAGUUUCAAGAAGUAGUUCAUGUUCCAGCAGUAUCAGUGCUUCUAGUAGUAAAUCGAUAUCAAGCAGCCAACACAGUCCAAGCUUUACAAGCUCUAUCAGUCCAAGUAGUUCAAGCAGCAUAAUGGAAUCACGUAGUUCUGGAAUUACAAGUAGUAUUGUUUCAAGCAGUUCUUUGUCGAGUAGCUUGAGCAUUGUUCAAAACAUAUCUAGCUCAGUCAGUGAAUGUUCACUAAGAGAAGUGAGCUCAUCUUCAAGUAGUUCCAUUUAUUCAUCAUGUAUACCAAGUAGUCUUGUUUCAAGAAGUUCCAGUUGUGUUAGCCCAUCUUCAAGAAUUGAAAGUAGCUCCUUUUCAAGCAGUAAAUCUCUUCCCAGCAGUUCUAUAUCAAGCUUAAUAAGUCUCAGUAUAUCAUGUAGUGCACUGAUAUCAAGUAGCUUUACAGGCAGUGGAAGUAAUAUUGCUUCCAGCAGCUCUGAGUCAAGUAGCCAGAGCAGUUUGAGUUCUGUUAUAUCAGAUUCAAGAAGUGAAAUUGGAUCAAGUAGUUCAUGUUCAAGCAGUAUUCGUAAAUCCAUAUCAAGCAGCCAUGGCAGUCCAAGCAUUACAAGCUCAAGCAGCAUAAUGGUAUCAUGUAGUUCUCCUGGAAGCAGUCCUUUGCCAAGUAGCUUGAGUAGUAUUCCAUAUGUAUCUAGUUCAGUCAGUGAAUGUUCAUUUACUAAAUCUCAUCCUAGUAUUUCUAUUCCAAGUUCAAUGAGUCUCAGUAAAUCCUGCAGUGCAAUGAUAUCAAGUAGCUGUUCAGGCAGUGAGAGUAAUAUUGUUUCCAGCAGCUCUGAAUCAAGUAGCCAUAGCAGUUUGAGUUCUGUUAUUUCAGUUUCAAGAAGUAGUUCAUGUUCCAGCAGUAUCAGUGCUUCUUGUGGUAAAUAUAUAUCAAGCAGCCAACACAGUCCAAGCUUAACAAGUUCAAUCAGUCCAAGCAGUUCAAGCAGCAUAACGGAAUCAUGUUUUUCUGGAAUUAUAAGUAGUAGUAUUUCAAGCAGUUCUAUGUCGAAUAGCUUGAGCAUUGUUCAUAACAUAUCUAGUUCAUUCAGUGAAUGUUCACUAAGAGAAGUGAGCUCCUCUUCAAGUAGUUCCAUUUAUUCCUCAUGUAUACCAAGUAGCUUUGUUUCAAGCAUUGAAAGCAGUUCGUUCUCAAGCAGUGAAUCUCUUCCCAGCAGUUCCAUAUCAAGCUUAAUAAGUCUCAGUAUAUCAUGCAGUGCACUGAUAUCAAGUAGCUGUACAGGCAGUGGAAGUACUAUUGCUUCCAACAGCUCUGAGUCAACUAGCCAGAGCAAUUUGAGUUCUGUUAUAUCAGUUUCAAGAAGUGAAAUUGGAUCAAGUAGUUCAUGUUCAAGCAGUAUUCGUAAAUCCAUAUCAAGCAGCCAUGGUAGUCCAAGCAUUACAAGUUCAAGCAGUCCAAGCUGCUCAAGCAGCAUAAUGGUAUCAUGUAGUUCUCCUGGAAGUAUAAGUACUGUUGUUUCAAGCAUUUAUUCUCCAUGUACUGCAAGUAGCCUUGUUUCAACAAGUUUCAGUUGUGCAGAGCCAUCUUCUCUAAGAAUUGAAAGUAGCUUUUCCUCAUUCAGUAAAUCUCUUCCUAGUAUAUCUAUUCCAAGUUCAAUGAGUCUCAGCAAAUCAUGUAGUGCACUCAUACUAAGUAGCUGUACAGGCAGUGGAAGUAAUAUUGUUUCCAGCAGCUCUGAGUUAAGUAGCCAGAGCAGUUUGAGUUCUGUUAUAUCGAUUUUAAGAAGUGAAUUGUGUUCAAGUAUUUCAUGUUCUAGUAUUAGUCCGUUUUGUAGUAAAUCAAUAUCAAGCAGCCAACACAGUCCAAGUAUUACAAGUUUAGUCAAUCCAAGCAGCAUAAUUGUAUCAUGUAGUUCUUUUGGAGAGAUAAAUAGUAUUGAUUCAAGCAGUUCUGUGUCGAGUAGCUUGAACAUCGUUCCAGACGUCUCUAGUUCAAUCAGUGAAUGUUUACCUAGAGAAGUUGGACAGUGUUCUAUAUCAAGCAUUGAAAUUUUACAAAGUAGUUCCAGAAUUUCUAACAGUAUGUCAAUUUCACCAAUAUCCACCAGUGAAUCUUGCUUUAUAAUUAGUGAACUUAGUUCUGCCUCAAGUAACUUUUUCGGAAGUGACAGAAUAGCCGUCUCAAGCAGUUCCAGUCCACGUGGCAGCAUAGAACUGUGCAUCAACCGUAUCUCAAGCAGCGAAAGUAGUUCGGGACAAUUCAGUUCUUCAACCAGCAACCCAAAAUCAACUCAAUCUGCUUCCUCUCUGUGUAGCAGCUCACUUUCAAGUAGAUGUAGUAUGUCCAGUUUCAUAGUUAGCCCACGCAGUUGUAGCAGUUCCCGGAUAUUCUCAAGUAAUUGUGGUGUGAGCAGCUUUACUUCAGGGGGUCCGAGCAGCCUCACCUCAAGAUCAAACUAUUACUCAGAUUCAAGCAGCAUAGGAGAUUCAGAAUUAUGCAGUGCAUACAGUUCAUCAAACGUUUUGUGUUCAAGCAUGCACAGUAGUUACAGCUCUCAAAGUUCUGUUUCAAAAAGUAGUUACAGAUCUAUAGUUCCAAGUUCAAGUAUCCCAAGUUCCUGUAAUCGUUCACAAAUGUUCGGUGUGAUUGUCUUCACCACAUAUCCACAUUUAAAAAUAUAUUCUAAAUACAUUAAUCUACUAGCAUAA